AUGAGUGGCAAUGGGACGAACGUGCGUGGAAGGCGCGAUCGUUCCAACAACGUACAGAAAUCGACGGGCGGCGACCCACUGCGGAUAAUUCAAAACAAGCUCGAAAUGUCACCUCGCAAUUGGAAUAUGGCAUACAAUGGACUAUCGCAGCAUGUGGACUUCAGCAGAUUGCCGAGCCCGAACGAGCGGUUCGAGCUGCUGGACCUGAUCGGCGAGGGCACCUACGGUGAGGUCUACAGUGCGAAGGACAAACACACCGGACGGAAGUAUGCGGUCAAGAUCUUGGAGAGCAUCGCGGAUAAUAUCGAGGAGAUCGAGGAGGAGUAUCUGGUGCUGCGCGAUCUCUCGAAGCAUCCCAACAUACCCGACUUUGCCGGGCUGUUCCUGAAGCGUGGCACCACCGUCGAGGAUGACCAGCUGUGGUUCGUGCUGGAGCUAUGCACUGGAGGCUCCGUGACGGAUCUGGUUCAAGGUCUGCGCAGUCGCGGAUCACGCCUGUCCAACAAUCAGAUCGCGUACAUACUGCGGGAAACGGUACAGGCGCUAGUGUUUCUGCACGAAAACCACUGCAUGCAUCGGGACAUCAAGGGCCACAACAUACUGCUGACGGAGACGGGCCAUGUGAAGCUGGUAGACUUCGGUGUGAGUUCGCAUCUUGCUGCGACGAUGGCACGGCGUAAUACAAGCGUCGGCACACCGUACUGGAUGGCACCGGAAGUGAUCGCUUGCGAACAGCAGCUAGACCAAUCGUAUGACUCCCGGUGUGAUGUGUGGUCGGUCGGAAUCACGGCAAUCGAGCUGGCGGAAGGUGAUCCGCCACUGUGCGAACUCCAUCCGAUGCGGGCUCUGUUUCAGAUCCCUCGUAACCCACCACCGAAACUAGCCCAUCCGGAACAGUACUCGUCGAUGCUGUCCGACUUUAUCUCGGAGUGUCUCGUGAAGGAUCUAGAGCAGCGCCCGUUCUCCAAGGAAUUAAUCACCCAUCCGUUCCUGAAGAGCGUUGGUCCGUAUGUGGAUCAGAUACGGCAAGAUCUGCGGUCGGAGAUUGCGCGCCAGCGGGAGGAUGGUCGGGCACCGAGUCAAGCGAUAGCUACCACCAAGUACGGCAAGCUGAAGUCGGACCGUAAAUCGAAGCCACAGAAAAUGUACAUGGACGACCUAGCGGCGUUGGAUGUGCUGACGGAGGAUGCAAUUGUGGAGCAGCUGCAGAAGCGCUACGAAACGAAUCAGAUCUACACCUAUAUAGGGGAUAUAUUGAUCGCGGUCAAUCCCUUCAGCCAGGUGGGUCUGUAUACAACACAGCAUCAGCGCAAGUAUACCGGACAGGCGCGAUCGGACAAUCCACCUCACAUCUUCGCAAUAGCGGAUGCCGCUCACCAGGCGUUAGUGCAUCAGCGCCAAAACCAGGCGAUCGUGAUAUCAGGCGAGAGUGGGUCCGGUAAGACGGAGAGCGCCAACUUAUUGCUGAAGCAGCUCGUUUACCUCGGCAAAGCGGUUACCAAGAACUUGGAGGAGCGUAUCCUGCAAGUCAACCCAAUCAUGGAAGCAUUCGGAAAUGCGCGAACCGGUAUCAACGCCAACAGCUCUCGGUUCGGUAAAUAUCUGGAGCUGACAAUGGCCCGAAGCGGCAAGGUGAAUGGAGCACGCAUCUUCGUCUAUCUGCUGGAGCAGAGUCGUGUCGUGAAGCAGGCUGAAGGAGAAGGCAACUUCCACGUAUUUUACUACAUGUACGACGGGUUGCAGGCUGUGGGACGGCUGGAGGAGUACUAUCUGCACCCAUCGUACCGGAAGACUCACCGUUAUCUACAGGAGACGGUAACGCUGCCGAAAACGAACGUGGAUCGGUGGAAGCAGCUGUUGGCGAGCUUCCGUGUGUUGGGUUUCAAGGACGACGAGGUGGAUAUGGUGAACCGGGUGUUGGCCGCCAUACUGAACCUCGGUGAUAUUGAGUUUGGCGAGAUGGAUGCCAACGACAAUACGGACAGUCGGGCGCGAGUCAUCGAUGUGGCUCCCAUGCACCGGGUGUCGAAGUUGCUUGGCGUUGAUUCGGCCGAUCUGCUGGAGGCGCUCUCGUCCAACUCGGUCGUAACUCGGGGCGAGACGAUCACGCGACACAAUAACGUGGCGGAAGCUUGUACGGCCCGUGAUGCUAUGGCGAAAGGAUUAUACGGUCGAUUGUUUGAUUGGAUGGUCAAUCAGAUCAAUCUGCUGCUGGUGCCCAACAGAAAUAGCAGCAGCCCGGAACAGUUAGCAAUUGGUUUGUUGGAUAUUUUUGGGUUCGAAAACUUCAGCAAGAACUCCUUUGAGCAACUGUGCAUUAAUAUCGCCAAUGAACAGAUACAGUACUACUUCAAUCAGCACAUUUUUACUUGGGAGCAACAGGAAUACAUGGCAGAGGGUAUACCGGUGGACUUGGUGGAGUUUGCCGAUAAUCGUCCCGUGCUGGAUAUGUUGCUGAGCCGACCGCUAGGACUGCUGGCGUUGCUGGACGAGGAGUCACGUUUUCCGCGCUCAACGGAUCGAUCAUUGAUUGAAAAAUUCCACAACAACGUGAAGUCCAAGUUCUACCAGCGUCCCAAAUCCGAUGCCGUCUGCUUCGCCAUCCACCACUUUGCCGGCCGGGUGGUAUAUCAGGCGGACGGAUUCCUGGAGAAGAAUCGCAACUUCCUCCCGGCGGAGAUCAUACAGCUGAUACGGCAAAGCCAGUACGACAUGAUACGCUUCCUGUUCCAGUGUCCGAUCACAAAGACGGGCAACCUGUACUCGGCGAUUCAGGACACCGGUUCGCGCCAGAAUGUGCCGAGCUUCAUCAAGGUGGACACGAAGGAGAAGUUCAACUCGCGCGGGCUGGCAUCGCAGUCCCGGGCCCAGCAAACGGUGGCCACCUACUUCCGGUACUCGCUGAUGGAUCUGUUGCAAAAGAUGGUUACCGGUACGCCGCAGUUCAUACGCUGCAUCAAACCGAACGAACAGAAGGCCGCCAAAUCGUUUGAUGCGGCGAAGGUGUUGAAGCAGCUGCGAUAUACCGGCGUGCUGGAGACGAUCCGGAUACGGCAGCAUGGGUUCAGCCAUCGAUUUACGUUCGCGGACUUCUUGCGAAAGUACUGCUUCCUGGCGUACAGUUUCGAGGAACGUGUCGUGUCGAACCGGGAAUCCUGUCGCUUGCUGUUGGUGCGCCUAAAGAUGGACGGAUGGGCACUGGGCAAGUCGAAGGUGUUCCUCAAGUACUAUCACGUGGAAUAUCUGUCAAAGUUGUACGAGGAACAUGUACGAAAGAUAAUUUUGGUGCAGGCUUGUGUAAGACGUUGGCUAGCAAAGGCUCAGUACAAGCGAGAGAAGCAACGCGUCGCGCUGAGUGCAGUCACGUUGCAGAAGCACGUCCGUGGAUGGUUAACGCGACGCCGGAUGCGAAUACUGAAGGAGAAACAGGAGCGAGAGCGGGAACGUUUGGAGCAGGAAAGGCUCGAAAAGGAACGUUUGGCAAAGGAGAAGAAGAACAACGAGCAAAACAAGGCCAAACAGGCACUGGCGAAGGCGAAGCUCAUACAUCAGCUGUCGAACCACCAGCUGGAGGCGAAACACAUCCACGAGAAGCGCGGCGUGGACAUGAACAACAAGGAAAACGAGCGGGCCGCCAUCGUCAUCCAGAGCUACUAUCGCGGGUACACCAUCCGGAAGAUGCGCAUGACGCCGGAAAUCGAAGCGAAAACGAAAUACAUCCUGGGCAUCGCGAAGAACCGCGUGGAAGCGCAACGGAUGAUGCAGAAGGAGGGCUUCACGAAGGAGGACGCGGCCCGUAUCAUACAGCGCUACUACCGCACCCAGAAGAGCAAACAUCACAGCAACAAUCGGGAUGCGAUGGCGGCAGCGGUGGCAGCGGCGGCGGCGUCGGCAGCACCCCGGAAGGGACCGGCACCGCAGCCACAGCCGAAACCGCUCACCACGAAGGACCAGCAGAUGGAUCUGAUCGCGUUCUCGCAGAACGUGCACCUGCUCAACCAGGAGGUGCACAAGAACCUGCGCGUGAACAAGGCGGGCGUACCGCUGGAAGCGAUCGAGAAGCUGCCGAACGAUUACCGGCGGCCACCUGGGUUCGUGCUGGUGCCGGGACUGCUUGGUACCGUACCGGGCGGUGACUGUGCGAAGUAUAGCUCGCUGCGCAGCAUGGACUGUGACCACGAGAUGACCAAGGAACUGAUACAAAGAAGUCCACCGCCCGCAGCAGACUUUGACGACAUCUCCCCGUGGGAUAUGCCGUUCUACGAGGUGGAACGCAACCUGCGCUCGCAAAGGCAGCGAAAUAUGCAGCAACCGCCACAGCGCAUUGACAUCAACCGGAACGACAUCCUAGGUGAGCGCAAGAUGGAGCUAGGCGAUCGUAAACAGCAGCUCUCCAGCAACUGGCACCAGGCAUUCCAGGUGACGGACGGAACGCCACAGGACAAGUUCAAGGGUCUUGCAAGAUCUCCUCAAAAUCAAAACGAGCCGGCCCAUAUACGCAGCAUUCCAGCGUUCAGCUAUCUCAAUCCGAACAACCAGCAGAUCCUACGCUACUCACCAAACCAACAGCGCGACCCAUCCGGCGAACCCACCAAUCCACCCCAUUCGAGCCCGGUUCGCCAGUCGCCGGUUGAGCCGGCACGUGAACCAUCCACGCCACCGUCCCGGCUCGGGCUGCUCGGUCUCGGUGGUGGUGGUGGGGCGGCCGGCAAGAAGGCGGCCAAAGCAGAGCUGAAAGCGCGCGAGAAGGAAAACAAGGAGCGCAAAAAGCGCGAAAAGAAGGCCAAAAAGGAGAAGGAAAAGGCGGCCGCUAAUGGACUCACGCCAUCGUCCACCUCGUCGUCGGGUGGGUCCGCCCUGUCGAGCGGUGCCUCUUCCGGCGAGAAGCAGCGCAAGGAACCGGCCGGCAGGAAGAAGCGUUCCGAUCAAUCGUCGAAAGAUUCGCAACCGGUAAGCCGGUUUGCGGGCGUGGACGACCAAUCGCUGCACGAGUAUCAUCAGCAGCAGCUCCAGCAGCAACAGCAGCAGCUGCAACAAGUACCGCAAAAGCGCUUGAUAGAGCAUCACGAGUAUCAGAAUAUUUCGGAGGAAACGAAAAUCGAUAGUAAGAGUCCGGUGAUGCGAAUGUUCGGUGAUACGAACUUCCUGGUGAACCAUCGGCGCAAGGCGGCUGAGCAGAAGCAGCAACAACUGGCACAGCUGCAGCAGGUCCAGCAAUACCAGAAGCAACAGCUACAGCAGCAGCAAAAAGCUCGCCAGCAGCAGCAACAACAACAGCAUCACCAUCAACAUCUUCCACAAAACAACGAACGAUCUGGCUGGCGUCAGCCGGAGCUGAACUGUGGGCAGGGCGUUUGCGAGCUGUUGAACGGUGUGUACCGGUUCAGCCCGCACGUUACCUCCUUCGCCCAGAUGGAUUCCAAAAGCGCGGGCAGCCUGUCGGACGACCGGUCCACGCUGGACAAGGAUUACCAAAACUUCAAUGUUUCCAAGUACCUGAACAUCGACGUGAAGGGCCCGGUUCAUCACCAGCGCGAGCGGGCUCGGGACAGCGGUGUCCACGAGCGGGACGUUAGCUCGAACAGUUCCAGCCUGAGCACGGGCAGCAGCGGCAUGAACUCGCUAAAUUCGUUCGAUUCCGUUGAGCAGGCUAUCAUCUUCCAGAAGGACCGGAACGCCGACUCGUACCUCGGUCCGUUCAACUUCCGCCAGCUGCUCCGGCCAACGCAGGGCCCGACCGAGUCGCUCCGCAAGCGAAAGGGCAUUAAUCCACCGUCACCACCGCCACCGCAGCGGGGCAAAAGUUAAGCGAAGCCAACCGUCACAGCUCGGUCCCGGGGUCCCCGUCCAUCGCCGCGAGUUUGACCGGGCCCGAGUGAAGCAGAUUGCCUACAUUUGGGCGGCAAAGCCGUAAGUGAAAUGCAACGAACCAAAGAACCAAAACGAGAGCCAGCUCCAGAGCUCGGUGUAGUGAGCUUUUGCCGGGUGUGGGAGAUUCCGGAUAUCCGGCUGCCUCGUUACUUUAUACGGUAGUUAAGCAACGCCCUCCCCCCAGAAGGAGUUAGAUUGUGCUGCCUUUCGGCAAGCACCACAAACCACGGGCUGCAUGUUCGAAUAAUGCGAAGCAAAAGUUUGACUAUCGAUUUGUGGUCCACCGACAUGGAAAGCAAUUACUUGGCGGUCUAGACGACUUUUACCAUAGUUUAAAGACGACCGUAAAUUCCUCAACAAUACGAAGGAAACAUUACGCCAGGGUAUCGCAAAGAAUAGCAAUCCAUCCACGAAAAGCAACAGUUUCUUCACGCGAUUUGCCCUUGCGGAAAGGUAAUUUAUUUAUCGCACGUUACCCGCAACCUUAUCUGUUCCCGUUUCCAGUCACUUGAUUAUUCGUGCUAAAGAAUCCACCAGACUGGAGCGGGAAAAAAGAAUAAAAUUACAUUUACGAAUAAGCAAUUUGAAACUCUCUGUUGGACCACACUGGAACAAACAUUGCGCUGAGAGAAUUUGCGCGAACUGAAGGCAUGCACCGCACCGAACGGAAAAGAUGUAAAGCGAACCACAAAAGCAAAGCAAAGCAAAACCGAAACCGUUUCACUCAAUUGAGUAAGCGGCGGCUCGGACCGUGGUUGAAAGUUGGUUAAGUUAGCAGAUAGUCGAUAACAGUACAAUUCAAUGAGGUAGAAAGAAGAUAAAUU